GUUUGGGACUCUAGAGAGCAUUUCAACUUUUCUUUACAGAAAAAAACCCCUCUCAUCUUCCUCGCCUGUGGGACUUCUAUUUUCGUGACUGAUUUGCAGCACUUCACUUCUCGAUCAUGGACCGGUCGACGUCUUUGGAUAUAGAGGCGCUCAAGAUGACCCAGGAGCAGUAUAUCCUUGCAGCACAGCCCAACCCACUCCACCAGCGGGGGGCGUCAGUGUGCGGUGCCCAGGUUUACCCAGCGGUGGGAAUCUAUGGUUGGAGGAAGAGAUGCUUGUACUUCUUCAUUCUCCUCCUCCUCGUCACCAUGAUCGUCAACCUGGCACUGACCAUCUGGAUCCUCAAAGUCAUGAACUUCACUCCGGAUGGAAUGGGGAAUCUGCGGGUGACCAAGGAAGGUGUCAGAUUGGAGGGAGUGUCCGAAUUCUUAUUGCCUCUAUAUGUCAAAGAGAUCCAGUCUCGCAGGGACAGUCCAUUGAUCCUCCAGUCGGACCGAAAUGUGACUGUCAAUGCAAGAAAUGAUCAGGGGCAACUGACCGGUCAGCUAACCGUUGGUUCAGAAAUGGUAGAGGCUCAGUGUCAGAGAUUUGAGGUGAGAGGUACAGACGGAGAGAGAGUUCUGUUCUCUGCAGAUGAAGAGGAGAUCAGCAUCGGCACCGAGAAACUUAGAGUCACAGGGAAUGAAGGUGUGGUGUUCAGCCAUUCUGUAGAGACAUCACAUGUAAGGGCAGAACCCUUCCAGGACCUAAAGCUGGAGUCGCCGACUCGGACUCUGACCCUGGAGGCCCCCAGAGGGGUGGAGGUCAAUGCUGGAGUGGGAGACUUUACAGCGUCCUGUAGGAAAGACCUCCUCUUGCAGUCCUCAGAGGGAGAGAUCUUUUUAGACGCCAACUCCAUCAGGCUGGGCAACAUUCCCCUCGGCAGUGCUGUGGAUCCCCUGGAGGGGGCACCACCAGGUACCACCUACACUAAACAGACUGUGUACGAGCUUUGUGCCUGCGCUAACGGCAAGCUCUACCUGUCCCCGGCUGAGAAAGGUUCUACCUGCCAAACCACCAGUAACUUUUGUCUCUGGAGCUGAAAGUGGGAGGUUGACAGACACCCAGGACAUACGAACUAUUAGUUUGAAGCUAAUGCUAGCCAACUGACUGAAACACCGCGGAUAACGGCUUGGUGGGAAGCUAAUGCCUGCUUAUGGGCCGAAUCAAUAUGGACUGUAGCAUGGCGAGAAUUUCAUGUCUGUCAAACAAUGGAAUUAUAUGGAUUACAGCUUGGCAGGAAGCUAGUGCUCGCUGACAGACCAAAUUCACAAGGACUGUGGCUUGGUGUGAAGCUAAUAUGCCAGCAAAAGGACUGAGCCAACAUGGACCAGAGCUUGGUGAAAAGGUAUUGCCAGCUUGCCGACCAAAUAACUAUGGAUUGGUCAGUUGCUAAUGCUAGUCAAGAGGAUGGAUGA